AUGAAUAGAAAGCUCUGUGUCUGGGAUCUGUCUGCAGGGACUUGUAUUGAGGAGCUUCAUUGCCCAGUAGAUAUAAGAUCGGCAGUAAUAUUGUCCUCGUUUGAAGACCCCAAAGCCGCAAUCCUCCAAAGCUACUGCGAUGGCACCUAUGUUUGGUACCUCGAUAGUAGCAAAGUCGACAAGGACCACACUUUAAGAUGGACCGCAGAACUGCCCUUCAUAGGUCGGAAUGUUUCACCAGACGGGAGGCUGUUGGCCGGCUUUUCAUCAGAUGGUCCAUCUUUCGUCAUAUGGGAUAUCUCGAGACGCAAAUUCCUAUGGAAAUUGCCGAUGGUAGUGAAACAAUACCAUUAUCACUGUAUAGCAUUUUCAUCAGACUCAAACUUCCUGGCGACGAGUAGCGACGAUGGGCCAAUUCAACUCUGGGAUAUGAGGGAUGGCAAAUGCUUCAAGAUCCUGACAUUGGCUGAUAAUAACAGGUUGGAGUCAAUGACAUUCCACCCCGACAUAAGAUAUCUCAUCUCUACCCAUACUGUCGAUUAUCGGACCAAGACCUGGCUAUGGGAAAUUAACACAGACGGUAAAACUAUGGCCUCGCGAAAUUCCAACAACACUAUACAACUAUGGGACUUGCAAAGACUCCUUGAAGUACCCCCGAAGGCUGACUUGGAGAUGGGCUCCCUUUCCUUCUCGCCUGAUUUGUCUAUGAUAGCGUCACUUUUCCGCGAUGGCAAAAUUGUCAUUUGGGACACAGCUACUGGAGCGACGCUGCAUAGCUUUUCUUGCCCCACCGCAUGUUUGGUGGGGUUCUCCCCUGAUUCGUCACUCAUUGCAACUACGAUGAGUCAAAAAACUGCCAAAAUCUGGAACCUACAUGAACCAGACUUUGAAUGGCAACUCAACCAAAAAGGAGAAUGCAUCCCUCUCGAGUUCUCCCCAGACUCCCAAGUUAUAGCCACUUUGGGGGCCGAGACCAAAAUAUGGGUGCGAGAAAGUGGUCAGCUUGUUCAAAGUCUGCCACUCGAGGAUGAUUGCCAAGUCCUAUCAAUAGAUGCAAGGCCUGGGACAGUCUCGUCGUACUCGGUAGUUGCGGUCACUGAUGAUAAUGUCGAAGUCUGGGAUUUGGAGACGUGUUCCUGUAUCUUCAAAAGUGGCUUAACUCCUAAUUAUUUUUACGAAAUCGCUUCAUCUAGGGAAAGUUUGAUUGUGUGCACUACCCGAGGACAUUGGGUCCUGUCAUCGGAGCCGGGUCACAGCAGGCAAUUGACGCAGAUAUUUGGGGUUGAACCUAAAUGUGAAUGGGUUCAGUGGAAGGGCCACAACCUAUUCAAGUUUCCCCCGGAUCUUCAUAGAGAAGAUGAAGAGCAUAAGAAUAGGUCUAAGAGUAUCUGGUUUGCAGAUCAUUGUUCAGGCGUUCCAUCAUCUGCAGCUGUCGUUAGACACUAUCAUCCCAUCCUCUACCCUGCCUGCGAAUCUUGA